UACUGUGUUCUGUUUCUCUCUCUUUCUCCGUUCUUCCUGGCCAUCGCUGCCUACUUCUAUCUGUGGAUCCCUGACUCCUCCCCCUCCGUCCUCGCUGCAGCUAUUAAGGCCGCCCCUGUCAUCUCAUUGGCUCUCCUGGUGCUGAGCUACAAAGGGGGCAGGAGUCUCCUCGGCGUUGCGGGGGGCCUUAUCUUCUCGGCAGGCGGCGACUAUUGUCUUAUAUGGCCCGAGCUGUUUCUCCAUGGUAACAAGAGCUUUUUCUACUGCUACUGAUAAAGUCCUGCAGACAUGGCAGAUAGCCUAGAGGUUAGAGAGGGCAAGCCAGGUGGAAUAUGGACAAUAAAGUAAUUUUGUUCUCUCUCUAAUCCUCCAAUCAGGAAUGGCCUCCUUCGCCUUGGCCCACCUGCUCUACUCCCUCACCUUCCUCUCCACUCGUUACUCCUCCCUCAGCCCCUCCUCUUCCCUGUCCUACUUCUUCUACCUUCUCCUGUGGCUGCUGGGGGGAGGCAUCUACGCCUACAUCUUCCCUUUCCUGCAGAAGACGCCGGACGCGGCCGCCCUGACUCCCGGUGUCGGGGUGUACGUGGCUCUGAUAGUUCUGAUGGCUACGUUGGCGGUUCGCACCCGCCGCCCGCUGAUCAUGAUGGGCAGUUUGAUCUUCAUGACCUCUGACCUGACGCUGGCACUGCAGACCUUCAAAGUGACAGAGCCCCUGGAGCAUGGCAGGCACAUCGUCAUGACGACGUACUACCUGGCACAGCUGCUGAUCGCCGUGGGCGACAUCAAGGCCGUGGAGGGCGGGGACGAGUUUGCCAAAUGGAAGAAAUCUUAGUUAAGGGGUCAUCCCAGAUAUGGGCUAGGUCCCAAUUCUCCACCCUUCUCCCCAAGUGUUCAAAUAACUGCACACUUUCUCACAUGGAUUUUACAAUGGUGGAAACUCCCUUCAGCCAAUGCUUACUUAUACUAAUCCCAUGCUUUUAAAUGACAGGGAAUGUUCAAGUGCACAUUUCUGGAAAGGGGUGGAAAAUCGGGACGUUGCCAUGGAAGGCAAAGUUGGGACUACUGCUCUCUGACUAGUUGGCAGCUUUAGGAACUUCAGGCUGUCUGUAGAGAGGAGACUGAGGAAGAAAAUAAGUUAAAAAAGGAAGAUUCCCCCUAAAGAAAAUCUGCUUUAUUAAAUAAAACCUCAGAGUAUCAGGACAGUCUGACCCUGUCCGUUUGUUCAGAAAGCUCAGGGAUGGGAAACGUAAUCACUCUCAAAAUUCAUAGACAGCUACAAGGACUGACAUGAGAUCGACACAAUAGUAUUUUCAAUAGUCCAGAAUAAAGUUCAAUUUAGUCAAGAAUGAUUUUUCUGUCUGUGAACUCAGUCCUAUGGUCUUAAAGAAAACAUUUGAGAUGUGAUACACUUCCCUUGUCUUAGUUGUGAUAUAUCAAACACAUUCAGUAUAACGGUCUGUUGAUAUGAAGAGAUUACUCUCAGAAAUGAAGUCACGCAUGAAAAAAGAAAAUGUGUAUUUAUUCAUGAUGAAAAUGGGGAUGUAAAAUAAACAAAGUUGAUGUUUCUCACUGUUACAUCCUUCAUGUUAUUUCAGACGUAAGAACUCUGCAAAAGUCAUCCAUUAUGUUCAGAGACACAUAAGACAGAAACAUCUCAACAAAACAUUGACAAAUGGUAGAUAUUCUGAAUGAAAGAAAGUCAUUAACAAAGCCAAACACAAGAAGCCAAUAAAAAUAAUCAAUUGGGAGUUAAACGAGAUAAAAAUCGAUUCUAAUAAAACAUCCGACAAAUGAUGCUAAAUGGGUAACACUAUUUUACAGCCUAAUUACCUGGUAUAUAAAUAUAUUUAGAAAAAACAAUUAUUUUAUGUAGUUUAACAGUGUAAUUACUUUAUAUUACCCAAUAACUAGUUCAGUCACUUAAAUAAUUUUAACGAAUACAAGAGGAUACCAAUUAUUACCAAGUAACGUCACAAUAUGCCAGAUCAAGAAAUGGUGACAGGGCUGUAAAAUAGCGUUAUCACUAAAUGUUACAUCUGAUAUUUUAAAGAAUAUGUAUGGAAUCUGAGGUUUUGUUGGGCACACUCAGAAUCCAAAAGGCCAAGGCUUCUCUAAUCUCUUUUCUUCAGCAGCAUAAAAGCAACCUAUGGGAGUAUGUCACGAAGCAGGAUCAGCUAACAUUCCUAAAUGUUCAGAAAUGACUUACGGUACUAUCGGAAAAUAAAAUAUUGUAUCUUUAUUUAACCAGGAAAACACAUUUGAAGUUAGAAACCUCUUUUGCAAGGGGGGCCUGGCAAGAAGUCAGCAGGAAGUAGUUAGGGUGUAGAUACAAUACAUAAUGAUAUAUAGACUGGACAUGGUAUAAGUGACUCGACACAAGAGAUAUAUCUGAAGUUUAUCUACGUCAGCUGGCUAACCUGGUGACAGUGCUUUGUGAAGCACGCUCUGCUCUCGAAAGCCUGCUACACUCUUGGAUCCAGCCACCCUGUAACAUGGGUCUUGAUGGACAGCGACAUCAGCAUAUUUUCCUCAAGGAGAGUUAAUUUCUUUCAAAUGUAUGUCCUAUGUCUCCUAUCCAAUGACGGCACUACAGGAGAAGGAGGACCAGAUGGAUUCUAGCGAUCCAUUCCACUGUCGUCAGGUUGCCGCCCGCAAAAACAAGCAGAACGCAAGCGUUUGCAGAACUCCAACUCUUCCUAUAAAGGAGGAGAUAAGAGGGGGAGAAAACUGUGUUUCUAGCCUAGUGGCAAAUAAGUCAAAAAAAUAUGCCUAGCAAAAGAUGGGGGGGAAUCAUAAUACAUUAUUCAAUGUCAUUAGUGAUGCAUCUGGAGAGAGGAGAAAUACAUGGGGAGUGACAGAGGGGCGGUAUUAGAGAGAUUUAGGUUAAUGGGUAACAUGGGGAGUGACAGAGGGAUAAUAUUAAGGCUUCCGCAUGCUUUGGCUGGCGCCUAGCCGAACCGAACGAGUGUGCCUUAAAAGACCUUCGCUUCAAAAACGAGAAAAAAGUGGCAACAGUACCGUUUGUCCAUGUUGAGAUGCCGUAGCCAGUAUACACGUCCUCAAAAUAGUCCGAAUUAAUCUAAGAUAACUCAAGAAAUCUGUCAUUACUUUUGAAGUUUUUGCAGAGAAUACCUUAGUAGCGUAAUUUUUCAUUAACUAGGAUGUUUGGUGCAGUAUUUGUUAAGUGAAAAAAUUUGCACGUGAACGAGUCGUCUGUUGUUGAAUGAUAAACACUUCAUUUAAGAAUCCCUACUGUUGACCAAUGACCGACGAAGGGGUCUAGACUUCCACUACCGAAAUUCGGCUUGCCUCGAGAAAAAACUGUUGUGUGCAUGAACAGCCGAAAAAACCCUUGCCGAAGACAAGAAACGUCACACAAUGUUGUCAUAAUAUAUACCCGAACUGUUCCGGAUGGGAAGCAUGCAGAAGCCUUUAGAGAGAUGGAGAGGUUCAUGGGUAACAUGGUAAGUGAAAAAGGAAUGGUAUUAGAGAGGAGUGGAGAAACAUGUGUAGGGGUACCAACCUGACACUCCUCUCUCCCCUGCAGAUCUUUAGCCCGCUGGUUGAGCAUCUCCUCCAGCCCCAAG